GGCCGCUUCCAAAGGAAGUGACGAUUGUGACCGCGGUGUUUCCGCUGCUCAAACCGUCUCGAGCUCAGAAACCAUCGAUUAUUGAUCAAAGCUUCGGGGCCGAAUGGCGGCGGCGGCACGAAAAUAAACAUCAGCUGUGCGUAGAAGCUAAUGCUAAGCUACUGAUAACCGGAGGAAGACGGAAGUAGUUUGUUCAAACACAAAACAGAUCUGAUGCUAAUCGAUGAUCGCAGAAGACACAGAGGAGAUGCUAAGCUAACAGCACACACGGUUCUGUUAGCUGAUGCUAAGCUAACAGCACACACGGUUCUGUUAGCUGAUGCUAAGCUAACAGCACACACGGUUCUGUUAGCUGAUGCUAAGGAGUCUGUGAUGAUCGGUACAUGGAGAUGACGUCACAGAACAGAGAUCUGACGUCACACAGACCCGGCCGUUACUGUAGAGAAGUACUAAGUUACUGAAGAAAAGUACUCAGUUACUGUAGUGAAGUACUCAGUGUUGCUGGUGUUGACAGGGGGGGGGGGCAACUCUCAUCAUGGAGAAUGGACAGAGCUCCACAAAGCUGGGCCUGCCACCGCUCUCCCUGAACCAGCAGGAGGCGCUGCAGAAGGCUAAGAAGUACGCGAUGGAGCAGAGUAUUAAAAGUGUUCUUGUCAAGCAGACUGUGGCUCAGCAGCAGCAGCAGCAGCUCACCAGCCUCCAGAUGGCGUCUCUGACGAUGGGUCUCGGAGACGCUCUCUCUCCUCUGCAGUCAGUGGCGGCUCAGCGUCAGAGAGCUCUGGCCAUCAUGUGUCGAGUUUACGUGGGCUCCAUUUACUACGAGCUGGGGGAGGACACCAUCAGACAGGCCUUUGCUCCGUUUGGACCAAUCAAAAGUAUCGACAUGUCAUGGGACUCAGUCACCAUGAAACACAAGGGUUUCGCCUUUGUGGAGUACGAGAUGCCAGAGGCGGCACAACUAGCUCUGGAACAGAUGAACUCUGUCGUAUUGGGAGGAAGAAACAUCAAGGUUGGGAGGCCCAGUAACAUCGGUCAGGCUCAGCCAAUCAUUGACCAGCUGGCAGAGGAGGCUCGAGCCUUUAACAGAAUUUACAUUGCGUCCGUUCACCCCGACCUCUCUGACGAUGACAUCAAGAGUGUGUUUGAAGCCUUUGGGAAGAUCAAGUCUUGCAUGUUGGCCCGAGAGCCAACUACAGGGCGGCACAAAGGCUACGGCUUCAUCGAGUACGACAAGGCUCAGUCAUCUCAGGACGCUGUGGCCUCCAUGAACCUUUUUGACCUGGGGGGUCAGUACCUGCGAGUCGGGAAGGCUGUGACUCCGCCCAUGCCCCUCCUCACACCGACAACCCCUGGAGGACUCCCUGCUGCAGCUGCCGUGGCUGCUGCUGCUGCCACCGCUAAAAUCACUGCUCAGGAGACAGUGGGAACAUCGGUUCUUGGAGCUCUGGCUGGACCGGCGCUCCUCUCUCAACAGCUUGGAGGACUUCCUCAGGCUGUCAUGGCCGCCCAGGCUCCAGGUGUCAUCACGGGGGUGACCCCAGCUCGGCCUGGCCUGCCUCAGGUGGGUCUGGUGAACCCGGUGCUGGCCACACCCCUGACACUAGAAGCCUCUUUUGAGGAGAGGAAAGAGGAGGAGGAGGAGGAGGAGUGUCGGCAAGAGGCGCAACAGGAGGGAGUCACGGAGCCACUCAGCGAGCAGGAGCACAUGAGCAUCAGCGGCAGCAACGCAAGACACAUGGUGAUGAGGAAACUGCUCCGCAAGCAGGAGUCGACCGUGAUGGUCCUGAGGAACAUGGUCGGGCCCGACGACAUCGACGAUGACCUGGAGGGCGAGGUGACUGAGGAGUGUGGGACGUUUGGCCAGGUGAAGCGCGUCGUCAUCUACCAGGAGCGUCAGGGCGAGGAGGACGAUGCCGAGGUUAUUGUUAAGAUCUUUGUUAUGUUUUCGGACGCAGCCGAGAUGAAUGGAGCCAUCCAGGCGCUGAACCACCGCUGGUUCGGAGGACGCAAGGUGGUGGCAGAGGUAUACGACCAGGAACGAUUCGAGAACAGUGACCUGUCGGCAUAGAACACGUGUAAACAUGUACAAACUCAGUGUAGUUUAGAUGCCUCUCUUACCUGUCAGAGUUUUUAUUGGUGUUUGUCUCCAGAAAAGUUUGAACCUAAAGGAUCAUUCUGCUGGUUUCAACUUGAAAUCACAAAUAAUUCCCUGCUGAUGAUCAACUGACUGAUCUUUAGGUCUGGACUUGUCGUGUUCCUGUGUCACAUUAUAGUUCUUAAUCUUGACAUGUUGUAAAUGACUAAUGACUCAUCCAAUCACCACACAGUCUCUCAAACCAUCAAUGAUUCAGGGAUCAGUCCCAGUAACUGAAACAGGUGUUUGACUCCUGGUUGGACAAAGGAAAACAAAGACGUUUGAAGACGUCCUCGUUGACCUGGUUAACUAUGUGUUGAUGUGUGGGACAACGGAUGGUAAAUAAUUGUGUAAAUGCUGUUGAUGCAGCUGCAGCAAACGGUUUCACUUGGUCCUGGUCCCACCCACAGGUCCAGCUGAGACAGCUCGAAGACUCUGGACGCUGCGUUUGGAGCUGAAACAUGAAACCAGCCGUGGUUCAGAUGUUAAGAUUCUUUCAGAAACGUGGAUGUUCCUGAACACAUCAUCACAGUCAAACUCAGACCGACUUCCCUCAUGGGGUUAGGUUCCUGUUGAAGUCGGGCUGGUGUCGGAGUUGAGAAAUGAAAUGAAGUUUGUUCACGUGUCCGAUGAGUCAAACAAUCAAAUAUGUCAAUAAAACUUUUUUACGUCAA